AAACUGCAUAAAGCUGCUUCUGCUUCUUCUUCUUCCUCCUUUUCCUUCUCUCUCUCUUUCUCUCUCUGUUUCUCUUGCAAUUUCAUUUUUUUUUUCCUUUUCACUUGUGUUUGCUUUGGCACUAGUGCCGGUUCUUGUCUCCCUCGGUCUCUGACCUUGUUUCCAGCUUUGACCAAGAACAUGCUUUUGGCAUUGCCCUUGCUGCUGGCACUGAGCAAUGCCUUGAGAGCUUAUGGAGUUGGUGAGCAAUGUGGUUCUAAUCCAACACUAGAUCCUAGACCCCACAGUGUCUCCAUUUCUGAGUUUGGUGCUGUUGGAGAUGGCAAAACACUGAACACCAUUGCAUUCCAGAAUGCUAUCUUCUAUCUCAAGUCUUUUGCUGACAAGGGUGGCGCUCAGCUGUACGUCCCGCCCGGAAAAUGGCUCACCGGCAGUUUCAACCUUACCAGCCAUCUCACCCUCUUUUUGGAAAAAGGUGCUGUCAUCAUUGGAUCUCAGGAUCCAUCUCACUGGGAAGUUAUUGAACCCUUACCUUCUUAUGGCCGAGGGCUCGAAGUCCCUGGGGGAAGAUAUCAGAGCUUGAUAAAUGGAUACAAGUUACAUGAUGUGGUCAUAACAGGUAACAAUGGAACCAUUGAUGGCAUGGGAAUGGUUUGGUGGGAGUGGUAUAGCUCCCAUUCCUUAAACCACAGCCGUCCUCAUCUGGUUGAACUUGUUGCAUCUGAUUAUGUAGUAGUUUCAAAUCUCACAUUCUUGAAUGCCCCAUUAUAUAGCAUCCACCCAGUUUAUUGCAGCAAUGUACAUAUUCAAAACGUUUCAAUCUCUACUCCUCCAGAAUCCCCUCAUACUAUUGGCAUAGUACCAGAUUCUUCUGAUAAUGUAUGUAUAGAAGAUUGUAUCCUUGCUUUGGGAUUUGAUGCAAUUACUCUGAAAAGUGGCUGGGAUGAGUAUGGCAUUGCCUAUGGCAGGCCAACUGAGAAUGUACACAUAAGAAGGGUGCAUCUUCAAGCAUCUUCUGGCUCUGCUAUUGCAUUUGGCAGUGACAUGUCUGGCGGAAUUUCAAAUGUUUUGGUGGAGCAUGUUCAUCUUUUCAACUCAAAUAGUGGUAUUGGAUUCAGAACCACAGAAGGAAGAGGUGGUUACAUGAAGGAAAUUGUUCUAUCAGAUAUACAGAUGGAGAAUAUCCACACGGCAAUCGCGGUCACAGGUCAUUGCGGGUCUCAUCCUGAUGACAAAUUUGAUCCAAAUGCCCUCCCAAUUUUGGAUCAAAUCACCUUGAAGGAUGUUACUGGCAAAAACAUCACCAUUGCUGGAAACUUUGCUGGAAUAGAAAAAUCCCCCUUCACUAACAUAUGCCUUUCCAACAUAACCUUUUCUAUAAAUCCUGUUUCUCCUCUCAUUACAUGGGAAUGCUCAAAUGUCUAUGGAUUUUCAGAAUCUGUGUUCCCUGAACCUUGUUCAGAACUUGGGAACCCCACAAAUUCUUCAUCAUCAUCAUGUUACUACCUGCAGAGUAUCAGUGGAAAAACUGCUGAGCUUUGAUCACACCCUUUCUCUCAACACAAGAUUCUUCUUCAUAUUCUUGAUUACCCUGCUUGAUGCCGAAGAAAAAAAAAAGAAUUAAGCCACAUUCUUUCCAAUAAGACGGUUGUUUGAUUAUAGUUUUUCCUCAUUCCUUAGUUUUGCAUUCUUGCAUGUUCCUACCCGCACAGCAGAUUAUUUGUACAGCUUCAUUUCUUCAUUCAUGUGUAAGGAAAUUUUGGUAGUGUGGUAACAAGAGGACUCAAGUUUGAUAGUUUUGCAUUAGUUCCAUCGUGAUUUUUCUGUAAAGCAUGUAGUGGAUUUGGUGAUACUUCAAUCAAAGAAAGUUCAAAUUUGAGUUACAACUA